CGUCUCACGUCUCUGUUUCAUUUCAUUUCAGAUUUAAUAAAACAUCACCAUAAUGCUGAAAAUAGUCUUGUCUAAGUCUUCUCGAUCGACUGCAAUGCAACAUCAAUAUGUUCCGUUGAAAAGUAUUUAAGUCAGUGGUCACAUACAAUCGUUUGCUGCUGAUGUUGCAAUAAAACGGGUUCGGGAACGAUGCGCACGGACAGUGUUGCGCACGGAUUCUUGCGCACGAGGAAACUUGCGCGUGGAAUCAUGAACACCGGUAUCUUACGCACGAGCAGUGUUCCGCACCGGAAUCUUACGCACCAUGUUGUUACGCACGGACACUUGCGCACGUAUUACACAAUGAGAUAGAAAAUCAAACUGAUGAUGUUCUGUAAUCAGAGCUUCUUUUUAAUCUAAAGUUUUUGAAGAACAUAAUUAAUUAUUGUGAAUAUACUAACUAAACGAUGAUGUUUCAUAAACAAUAUAGUACUAUAAAAUAUAGUUCUGUGCAAUAUAGCGCUACACUACUAUACGAUUUUGAAAUUUUCUGUAGCGUGACUUCUCAACGUGAAAUGACUAUAACUACGAAAGAUCGACCACUAAUGGUUGACGACGGAUAUUCGUAUGUAAAAGAUCGUCAGACAGAUAUAAAAACGUACUGGCGCUGGGAGAACCAUAUACGUUUUAACUGUCACUGUCGUUUACAUACAUGUAAUUUAACAAAUGAUAUAUUAGAACGAAAAAGUAUACAUGCUUAUAAUUGUAAUCGUGAUACGACGAAAUUAGUAUUACGAAAAUUCGACGAAAAACUAAAUAAGAGAGCAACAUCAACGCAAAAAGCAACUGAUACAAUUCUCUGCCAAUGUUUAACGUCUGUUCCUGAUACUGUAGGUGCUCGUUUACCAGCAUUAAAACAUGUCAAGAUAACAAAACCUUCAUUAAUGAAAACAAAUAAUUCAUCUGAAGCCCGUAAUCGCCGUAUUGGCUGUCUAUUUCAAUGUUCUCAUCCAACAUUAUGGAAAUUCAUUGACAAAUUAUGUGAUGAGGAAGACUGGGUCAUUCGUACAAAAAUUUUAUACGCCAACACUAGAGCAUCAAUACAAAAAAAGAAGAAAUAUCAACAUUUAGAUAAACGUUUAUUAAAUUUUGUGUUAAAUCCACAUGCAGAUAUAAUUAAUCAAAUCAAUAAUCUAACUCAUAAUAUAUUUCUCUUAAAUAAACGUCAUCUUCGUUUAGUAAGUUUAUUCACAAUAAUUAAUUAUGUUCUUCAAAAACUUUAG